CCUAUGGCAUUGUAGAAAAUGCCAGCUUCAUCUGAGCUUGUAACAGGCACUCCAGAGCCUGAUGUGACCAGCAAGAUUGCUUUGGAGGCUGCUGAUAUUGCUGUGGUUGUGGUCUACUUUGUGUUUGUGUUGGCAGUUGGAAUAUGGUCCUCAGUCAGAGCCAACAGAGGGACAGUGGGAGGAUAUUUCUUAGCAGGACGGUCCAUGACAUGGUGGCCGAUCGGUGCCUCUUUGAUGUCCAGUAACGUAGGCAGUGGUCUGUUCAUUGGACUGGCAGGGACGGGAGCUGCAGGGGGACUUGCAGUUGGGGGAUUUGAGUGGAAUGCAGCAUGGGUCCUCAUUGCUUUGGGCUGGAUUUUUGUGCCCGUGUAUAUUUCUGCGGGUGUGGUCACAAUGCCCGAGUAUCUGAGAAAGCGGUUUGGAGGUCAGCGCAUCAGAAUCUACAUGAGUGUGCUGUCGCUUAUCCUCUACAUCUUCACCAAGAUAUCAACAGACAUAUUUUCAGGGGCACUUUUUAUCCAAGUGUCUCUGGGAUGGGACCUAUAUCUCUCCACUGUUGUGCUGCUAGUAAUCACUACACUCUAUACUCUAGCUGGCGGGCUGACAGCAGUAAUCUACACUGAUGCCGUACAGACUGUCAUCAUGGUAAUAGGGGCAUUUGCCCUCAUGUUUAUAGCAUUUGACAAAGUGGGAUGGUAUGAGGGUUUGCUGGUUCAGUAUGAGAAAGCUGUACCUGCUCUCACGGUUCCUAACACCACUUGUCAUCUUCCUCGGGCUGAUGCUUUUCAUAUCUUCAGAGAUCCUGUGACAGCAGACAUUCCCUGGCCAGGCCUCAUCUUUGGGCUCACAGUUCUGUCCACAUGGGUGUGGUGCACUGACCAGGUGAUAGUGCAAAGGUCUCUGUCUGCCAAAAAUUUGUCCCACGCCAAAGGUGGUUCGGUACUCGGUGGUUACCUCAAGGUGCUCCCUAUGUUCUUCGUUGUUAUGCCAGGCAUGAUCAGCAGAGCACUCUACCCAAAUGAGGUGGCCUGUGUGGAUCCUGAUGAGUGCCUGAAGAUCUGUGGGGCCAGUGUAGGCUGCACUAACAUUGCAUACCCAAAGUUAGUUGUGGAACUUAUGCCAGUAGGUUUGAGAGGUCUUAUGAUUGCUGUAAUGAUGGCAGCACUCAUGUCCUCACUCACAUCUAUAUUCAACAGUAGCAGCACUCUAUUCACCAUGGACAUAUGGCAACGCAUACGGUCUCGAGCCUCUGAGAAGGAACUCAUGGUGGUGGGCAGGGUGUUCAUUUUAUUGUUAGUGGCCCUGAGCAUUGUGUGGAUUCCAGUUAUUCAAUCUGCCAAUAGUGGACAGCUGUUCGAUUACAUUCAAGCCAUCACUAGCUGCCUGGCACCUCCAAUUACCACAGUAUUCAUUAUGGCCAUUUUCUGGGGGAGAGUUAAUGAACAGGGAGCUUUCUGGGGUCUGAUUAUUGGACUUGUGGUGGGGACAGCAAGAAUGGUAUUGGAAUUUGUGUAUGGUACCCCGUCAUGUGGGGAGGAGGACCUGCGUCCGACUCUACUGAAAGAUGUGCAUUACCUGUAUUUUGCUCUCAUACUUCUUGGACUGUCAACUAUCAUCAUCACAGCUAUCAGCCUCUGCACUGCUCCUAUUCCAGAGCAACAUCUUGUUCGUCUGACCUGGUGGACUAGGCACAGCAAAGAAGAGCGUGUAGAGCUGGAGGACCCCUGGGCCAGAGGGUCCGAAACAUUGAGCACUGAUCCCAGCACUACAGAAUCAGAGGGGUCAGGUGAAGAUUCAGCUGCAUGGUGGAAGCGUGCUGGAAUGUGGAUGUGUGGCCUCUCCCAAGCAGCAAGACAAGAGAUAAGUGAGGAGGAACAGCAGGCUUUGGAGAAGAAACUCACCAGCAUUGAGGAAGACCACACCUGGAAGACUGUCUGUAAUAUCAAUGCCCUCAUUUUACUCACUGUCAAUGUCUUCCUGUGGGGGUACUUUGCUUGAAUGUACAAUAUAGUUCUGAAUGCUAGAUGUUAAAGACCCCAUGGCUUAACAAACACAGUUUUCCUUCCUGUAUUGAAAAACAGUAUUUCUUAUUGUAACAGAAGAUGGGUUGGGACAUAUUGAAGGGAUAGUGUGUCAUCAAUAUUUUUGGUCUAUUUUUUUCACCUGAAGAGAAUAAAUAUGAAUUUGAAAAGCAUAUACCUGCCAUAUAUCAUAGUUAAAGGAAUAUUCCAGUUUAAAUACAAGUUAAGCUCAAUCAACAGCAUUUGUAGCAAAAUGUUGAUUAACACACACACAAAAAAAAUAGAUUCGUCCCUACUUUAAAAAAAGCACAUAUCUGGGUUACAGUGAGACACUCACAAUGGAAGUCAAUGGGGUAAAUUUGUAAACGUUAAAAUACUCACUGUUUCAAAACUAUAGACACAAGACGUAAAACAAUAUAUGUGUUAACAUGAUUUCAGAGUAAUAACCGUUGCUGUAUAAAGUUAUAUCCAAUACUACAACUUGACGAACCAUGACGGAACAACACUGUAAACCCCAAAAUGACUGUAAAAACAUUUAUUUAAAUUUACAGCUCAAAUAAUACAUGAGCUUUAACAGAAGAAUUAAUGUAAGUGCUUUUAUAAAAUUAUGAGCUGUACAUUUCUGCUUUUAAACUCUCCAAAAAUUGGCCCCAUUCACUUCCAUUGGAAGUGCCUCCCUGUAACCUCGAUGUUUGCUCUUUUAAAAGAAAAAUAUAUUGAAGGGGAAAAACAUCAAGAAUAAUGUUGUCCUUGUUUUUUUUACUUAGGCCUACCGACUAUCAAUGUCUUUCUUUGGGAGUACUUUGCUUGAAUGUUGAAUAAAAUUUUGA